AUGUUAAGAUUAACCAGUAAAUAUACCCCAGUGGCUAGAUCUAUUCAAUUAAGAUCAUUAUCGUCAACUUCUGCAUUAUUAAGUUCGACCAGAACCGAAUCAGAUGCUUUCGGUGAAAUCGAAGUUGAUUCAGCUAAGUAUUACGGUGCCCAAACUGCCAGAUCCAAGCAUAACUUCAAGAUCGGUGGUGAAGCCGCAAGAAUGCCAAUUCCGGUUGUGAGAGCAUUUGGUAUUUUAAAAAAAUCUGCUGCUAUUGUGAACGAAGGUUUAGGAGCUUUAGAUCCUAAAUUAUCCAAGGCUAUCCAACAAGCUGCUACUGAAGUUGCGGAAGGUAAAUUGGAUGACCACUUCCCAUUGGUUGUGUUCCAAACUGGUUCAGGUACUCAAUCUAACAUGAAUGCUAACGAAGUUAUUUCCAACAGAGCCAUUGAAAUCUUAGGUGGUGAAUUGGGUUCCAAGAAGCCAGUUCAUCCAAACGAUCACUGUAACAUGUCUCAAUCAUCUAAUGAUACUUUCCCAACAGUCAUGCACAUUGCUGCUGCUACUGAAAUUUCUAACUCUUUGAUUCCGGAGUUAACCAAGUUACGUGAUGCGUUACAAGCUAAGUCUGAUGAAUUCAAGGAUAUCAUUAAGAUUGGUAGAACUCAUUUACAAGAUGCUACUCCUUUGACUUUAGGUCAAGAAUUUUCUGGUUACGUUCAACAAUUAACCAACGGUAUUGAAAGAAUUGAAAAGACUUUACCAAACUUGCAAUUCUUAGCUCAAGGUGGUACUGCUGUUGGUACUGGUUUAAACACCGUCAAAGGUUUUGACUCUAAGAUUGCUGAAGAAGUCUCUAAGUUGACUUCUAUUCCUUUCAAGACUGCUCCUAACAAGUUCGAAGCCUUAGCUGCUCAUGAUGCCGUUGUUGAAGCUUCAGGUGCCUUAAACACCGUUGCUGUUUCUUUAUUCAAGAUUGCCAACGAUAUCAGAUACUUGGGUUCCGGUCCAAGAUGUGGUUACGGUGAAUUAUCCUUGCCAGAAAACGAACCAGGCUCGUCAAUUAUGCCUGGUAAGGUUAACCCAACCCAAAAUGAAGCCUUAACAAUGGUCGCUACCCAAGUCUUCGGUAACCACUCUGCAAUCACUUUUGCUGGUGCAUCUGGUCAAUUCGAAUUGAAUGUCUUCAAGCCUGUCAUGAUUUCUAACUUGUUGUCUUCAAUUAGAUUAAUUGCUGACGGUUCUGCUUCUUUCAGAGAGCAUUGUGUUGUAGGUAUUACUGCCAAUGUAGACAAAAUCGAGAAAACUUUACACGAAUCUUUAAUGUUGGUUACUGCUUUAAACCCAAAGAUUGGUUAUGAUGCUGCUUCAAAGACUGCCAAGAAUGCUCACAAGAAGGGUUUAACUUUGAAAGAAUCUGCUUUGGAAUUGGGUGUUUUAAAUGAACAAGAAUUCGACGAAUGGGUCAGACCAGAAAAGAUGAUUGGUCCAAAGGAUUAG